AUGAGUCGUGCACGUGUGUAUCCGGAUGUCAAUGUCCACAGACCCAGAGAUUACUGGGACUAUGAAGCCCUCACCGUCAACUGGGGAGACCAAGAGGAAUACGAAGUCAUUCGAAAAAUUGGGCGUGGAAAGUACAGCGAGGUGUUUGAAGGCAUAAACGUGGUCAACAAUACAAAGUGUGUCAUUAAGAUUCUCAAGCCCGUGAAGAAGAAGAAAAUUAAGAGAGAAAUCAAAAUCUUGCAAAACAUGUGCGGGGGAACCAACAUUAUUCAACUGUUAGAUGUCGUUCGAGACCCUCAAUCGAAAACGCCUUCUCUCAUCUUUGAACACGUGAACAAUACAGACUUCAAGAUCCUUUACCCAACACUUUCGGACUAUGAUAUUCGGUACUACAUAUUUGAACUGCUGAAAGCACUCGACUACUGCCAUUCCAAUGGGGUAAUGCAUCGCGAUGUCAAGCCACAUAACGUUAUGAUCGAUCACGAGAAAAGACAGCUUCGGCUCAUUGAUUGGGGUUUGGCAGAAUUCUAUCACCCUGGAAGAGAAUACAAUGUGCGUGUCGCAUCACGCUACUUCAAAGGACCUGAAUUGUUGGUGGAUUUGCAAGAGUAUGACUACGCUUUGGAUAUGUGGAGUCUUGGUUGCAUGUUUGCAGGUAUGAUUUUCAGAAAAGAGCCGUUCUUCCAUGGACACGAUAACUACGAUCAAUUGGUGAAGAUUGCCAAGGUGCUUGGAACUGAAGAACUUUUCCAUUACCUUGAUACUUAUGACUUGGAAUUGGAUCCCCAUUUUGAUGGAAUCCUUGGAAGACAUUCCAAGAAGUCUUGGCAAAAGUUCAUCACACCCGAGAACCAGCACCUUGUUUCCGAAGAAGCAAUCGAUUUUGUAUCCAAACUUUUGCGAUAUGAUCACCAAGAGCGACUCUCCGCCAAGGAGGCCAUGGCACAUGCCUAUUUUGCCCCAGUGCGUGAACAAGCAGCCAGAGCAAACCAAACAGCUCCUAGCGAGGGAGCCACCUCCUAA